AUGAAGGAAAGUGGAUCUGAAGGCGGGAUUGGAGGCGGCAGGAGGCAGGAGGUGAGAGACAAACGCUCCGAGUUCAACGCUCCUUCCUUUCUUUCAUUUCCUUCCAAGCAUGGAGUUCACUAUCAUCAGGACCCCGAAGGAGCCCUCCCUCCCACACCAGCGUUUGACGAAAAUGAGUCCAUUUCCUGGACCGACCUCCCCAGCAAAACCCAACUUCUCAUUCUUUCUCUCUGCGGCCUCUCCUCACGACUAUCCAACGUUCUCAUACUCCCCUACCUCUUCCACCUCGUCCGCUCCGCCGUCUCCACAUCCAGUACUCUCGAUCUAUCAACGGACAACGACGACUUCGUUGCCUACUACACCUCCAUCCCUACCACAGCCCUGGCGUCGACUUAUGCCGGUGUAUUGGUGGCCGCUUUCCGCUGGCUCAACUACUUGUUCUUUUCUUCGCUGGGAUAA